AUGUCGGUGACAUUGGGGACGACAGUCUGGCUUUUGGGCAAAACUCUUAUGGAAUAUGGCUGCGCCGGUGCCCGCGGCUGUUGCCUGGCUCAUGGCCGGGCCGGCGGGGGGCGGCGACCGAGAGACGCGGGUCCUCUUGCGGUCGCCGCUGCCGCCGCCGCCGCUGCUGCCUUGUUGCCCGGCGCGCCUGACUCUGAAGAGACGGUGAUCAUCGGACUGCGGUUGGAGGACACGGACGACGUGUCGUUCAUGGAAGGGGGAGCGCUGCGUGUGAGCGAGAGGACCCGUGUCAAGCUGCGUGUGUACGGGCAAAAUAUCAAUAAUGAGACAUGGUCCCGCAUCGCCUUUACUGAACACGAGAGGCGGCGGGACAGAGAAAGCAGGCGGCCGCCGGCGGAACAAGAAGACGGCCCGGCUCUCCUCGGCUCCCUCUCCCCGGCUCCGCAGCGCUGCGGCAUCCGCACCUCGGACAUCAUCAUCCUGCCUCACAUCGUACUCAACCGUCGCACCUCGGGCAUCAUUGAGAUCGAUAUCAAGCCUUUGCGUAAAACAGAGAAGAGCAAAUCCUACUACUUGUGCACCUCCGUGUCCUCCCCAGCGAUCCUCGGGGGGGCGGGGAACUCCGCCGGAGGCAGCAGCGGUGGAGGGGGUAUUAUUGGCCCUGAUGGGGGACCUUGGACUGAGACCACCUGGAUCUACCAUGACGGUGAGGAUACCAAGAUGAUAGUAGGUGAAGAAAAGAAGUUCCUGUUGCCUUUUUGGCUGCAAGUGAUCUUCAUCUCUCUCUUGUUGGGUCUCUCAGGCAUGUUUAGUGGCCUCAACCUGGGGCUUAUGGCCCUCGACCCCAUGGAGUUACGUAUUGUGCAGAACUGUGGCACAGAAAAAGAAAAGAACUAUGCUAAGCGCAUUGAACCUGUGCGCCGCCAGGGCAAUUAUUUGCUGUGUUCCUUGCUGUUGGGUAAUGUGUUGGUCAACACCACCCUUACCAUCUUGCUUGAUGAUAUCGCUGGUUCUGGGCUGGUGGCCGUAGUGGUCUCCACAAUUGGUAUUGUCAUUUUUGGUGAGAUCGUACCACAGGCUAUCUGUUCCCGGCAUGGCCUUGCUGUAGGUGCCAAUACCAUCUUCCUCACCAAAUUCUUCAUGAUGAUGACCUUCCCAGCCUCUUACCCAGUCAGUAAGCUGCUGGACUGUGUCUUAGGGCAGGAAAUUGGUACUGUAUACAAUCGCGAAAAACUGCUUGAGAUGUUGAGAGUCACUGACCCUUACAAUGACCUGGUGAAGGAGGAGCUGAACAUCAUCCAAGGUGCUUUGGAAUUGCGCACAAAGACAGUGGAGGAUGUAAUGACCCCGCUCCGGGACUGUUUUAUGAUUACUGCUGAAGCUGUGCUUGAUUUCAACACUAUGUCUGAGAUUAUGGAGAGUGGUUAUACUCGCAUCCCAGUCUUUGAAGGGGACCGCUCCAACAUUGUGGACCUUCUUUUUGUCAAGGACUUGGCCUUUGUGGAUCCUGAUGACUGCACUCCACUCAAAACCAUCACCCGUUUCUAUAACCAUCCACUGCAUUUUGUCUUCAACGAUACCAAGCUUGAUGCUAUGCUUGAGGAAUUCAAAAAAGGUAAAUCUCACUUGGCAAUAGUACAACGGGUGAACAAUGAAGGGGAAGGGGAUCCUUUUUAUGAAGUCUUGGGCAUUGUUACCUUGGAAGAUGUAAUUGAAGAGAUCAUCAAGUCUGAGAUUCUAGAUGAAACAGAUCUCUACACUGAUAACAAAACCAAAAAGAAAGUAGCCCAUCGGGAGAGAAAGCAGGACUUCUCUGCCUUCAAACAGACAGACAGUGAAAUGAAGGUUAAAAUCUCACCACAGUUGCUCUUGGCAAUGCAUCGUUUCCUAGCAACAGAGGUUGAAGCAUUUGGCCCCUCCCAGAUGUCUGAGAAGAUCCUCCUGAGGCUUCUAAAACAUCCUAAUGUCAUUCAGGAAUUAAAGUAUGAUGAGAAGAACAAGAAAGCCCCUGAAUACUACCUCUAUCAGCGAAACAAGCCUGUUGAUUACUUCAUUUUAAUAUUACAGGGGAAAGUGGAAGUAGAGGCUGGAAAAGAGGGAAUGAAGUUUGAGGCUGGUGCUUUCUCCUACUAUGGAGUGAUGGCUCUCACAGCAUCACCAGUUCCCUUGUCCCUGUCUCGUACCUUUGUUGUCAGCAGAACUGAAUUAUUAGCAGCAGGUACUCCAGCUGAAAACAAAUCACCACCUCGUCCGUGUGGCUUGAAUCAUUCAGAGUCUCUCAGCAGAGGGGACCGCAUUGAUGCCGUGACACCCACGUUAGGGAAUAGCAACAACCAGCUCAACUCCUCAUUUGUUCAAGUGUAUGUUCCUGACUACUCCGUGAGAGCAAUCUCAGAUAUUCAGUAUGUCAAGAUUUCAAGGCCACAGUACCAAAAUGCCGUAAUGGCAUCCAGGAUGGACAAAACACCUCAGUCCUCGGACAGUGAAACCACUAAAAUAGAACUGACUCUUACAGAACUACAUGAUGGUUUGCCAGAUGAGACGGCAAAUCUGCUGAAUGAACAGAACUGUGUGACUCAUAACAAGUCCAACCACAGUAUGCACAGUGAAGGCGCCAUCUAG